GGUAACCGGAUACCUCAAUCGCUGUCGCGAGCCUCAUUUUGAGGUGCCUCGCGCGAUGUGGCGAGGCCGUUAUCCGCAUGCGCACAGAAACGGGCUCGCGGGCUGCGGAAAGUUUCCCCAGUUGGUUCUGGAAGUUGCUGCCGCUCGUUUUGCGACUCCAUGAAACUCCUGCAUUUAGACGAUUAUUCUGGGAGUUUUAGGGACUCUGUCGCAGCCCAGGCUAGCAGUGUGAGCGAGCCUGAGAAGUACCCGCCCUGAGCCUUAGGCUGAGUGUCCAAAGCGAUUGGCUGCCUGAAUAAUUAUAAUAAUCAUAAUCCUUGCAUUUUUUUUCCACAAGACUGAAAUAACAAACUAAAACGGUAGAACGGCGAUCUAGUUUCCUUGCAAAGGUGUCUUAAACUUAAAGCAGAGGCCCGAGAUGAAGAUCCCUGUAGUUGACUUUGAAGCGUGCGCGAGCGGAGAGAAGAACCCGACUGACGAGGAGCUCGUGAGGCUGAGCGCAGAGCUGCGGGCCGCUUUCACGCGGGUCGGGUUCGUGUACCUGCGCAACACUUGCGUUACCCAAGAAGAGGUUGAUGCAGUGAUGGACAUCUCAAAGAAAUUCUUUCUUCUUCCUGAGGAGGUGAAAAUGCCUUUCAGUAGAAAGGAGAGCAACAACCAUGGCUGGGUCUCCUCUGAAUCUGAGAGGUUAAAUCCUCAUCGACCAGGAGAUUUGAAAGAGGCCUUCAACAUUGCCUCUCUGGAACCUGAUGAGAACUGGCCUUCAGAGGAGAUUCUGCCAGGGUUCCGCGAAGCGCAACAGUCUUUCUUUGUACAGUGUAAAGACUUGUCCCUGCAAGUUCUCAGGGUAAUGGCCCUGAGCUUGGGCCUGGAUGCAGACGUCUUCACCAAUGAGCACAAACUCAUAGGCAGCAAAGAGAAUGGCAGUACACUGCGGGCCCUAUACUACCCCCCAGUGAAUUACGACACUGUUAAGGAGGGCCAACUGCGGUGCGGCGAGCAUUCUGACUAUGGCAGCAUCACCCUGGUGUUCCAGAGCCGCGAGGGCGGCCUGCAGGUGAAGACUAGGUCUGGGGACUUCAUAUCUGCACCCAGCAUUCCAGGCACUGUCCUGAUCAACAUUGCGGACCUGAUGCAGAGAUGGACUGGUGAUAUUUUUGUCUCAGCGGCACACCGUGUCUUGCUGCCCCUUCCUGGCAAUGUCACAACCAGGCAGUCUCUGGCUUUCUUUGUGCAACCUGACAAUGAGGCCGUCAUUAAGUGCUAUGAUGGAUCGGACAAAUACCCCCCCAUAAAGGCGGUGGACUACCUCUGGGAGCAUUUAGGAGAUUCUUAUGGGCUAAUGUAGACCUUUUUUCUUUAAUGUAUUUUCUCAGUGAUGGCUGUGAUCUGAAAAGCUUAAAAGAUUUUACAUAUCACAUGAUUAAAUCUUCAGUACUAAGUAUUGGCCCUAAAAGAAAAUAAAAACGCUCAGUUAA